AUGAGCUCACCCGACUCCAUGACAAGCCGUCUCGGCCGCUUACUCAGUGCGCCACCGAUAUCCAUCGAGCUUCUUCCUGGAGACAGAUCCGACUGGGCUGCGUCGACGCCCCCAGAACACGCCCCCUUCCUCUUCAUAGAACGCAAUCUAGGCAUACCACAGAAGCUAGUUUACAGAAUAUACAUUGAAGCUGGGUUGCUCCUCAAUCACCUGAGGCCGCGAUUGCGCGCGCUCCAACGAAAUCUCUUGCUUCCCCUCGAAGAGAACGUCAUACGCGAGCUGCACGACAUGUCAGCUAUUCUCCUCGUGGUGAAUCCUGCACACCACACCGCGCUCAACGCACGCAAGACACUCAUACUGGGCGGUCACUUGUCACCGACGAUCGAGCUGGGGUUCACGAACGCGUUGUUGACCCUCCGUGACGGGUCGAAACAGUCCACGCUCUGGCAUCACCGCCGUUGGCUCCUCCGGCGCAUACACCAGUCCACACUUUCUCCUUCACCUUCCACGGACGGCGUAUCGACUCCACGACGCGUGCAAGGCGAUGCGGACGACACCCUGGUUCACUAUCUCAUCCCCGCAGACGCCCUCCAGGCUGAGCUCGAUGUGACCGCCCGCGCAUGCGAGCUCUAUGAGCGCAACUACCACGCGUGGGCGCACCGCGCGGUCCUCCUCUCCUACAUCGUUUCUCUCCCCUCGUCCUCGUCUUCCACCCUCAUGGCGGAGGAGCGUCGCUGGACGCGCGCCUGGCUCGCACGGCACGUCGCAGACUACUCCGCGGCCCAGUACGCGUGCCAGCUCGAGGCCGCCCUUCCCCGAUCCGCAAUGGCAACACCCAACAUCGCCCUGGCGCACGUAGGGGAAGAUGAGGGGAGUGCUGCGAGCCAUGCGCUCUCCCUUGUGCGCUCGUACCCGACACACGAGACCCUUUGGCUGUACCUCCGUGGCGCGCUCAGCGGGUCCCCUUCAAGCCCUCGCUCGCCGGCGAGGUUGUAUGCGGAGCACGCCCUCGCCGAGAAGGACGCAUGGACGCACGCGGUGCGCUUCCUCGCGUGGGUGUUGUGGCAGGAAGGUGCUAUCAAGGCUUCCGCCAAAGUUGUGCGCCGCAUCACCAUGGUAGCGGAGCACGAGGAGAGCGAGGUUUCCGGUAUCACCGCUGUGUCUUCCUCUGAAGCCAUCGUGGCAAUUAUCCAAAGCUCUAUUUCAAGCCCAGAGCUUGGCGAAUAG